CUUCAAUUUGCAUAAUUGUAUCAACACCAGCACGUCUGCUCCCAUACUUGUACUACCUAUCAAAAAACAAUAUGCCCAGUUUCAAGAGUCAACUAACCAUGACCCAUAUCGGGACCGCCACUGCCCUUCUUGAAAUCGAUGGCGUCACUCUUCUGACUGAUCCGGUUUUCGAUGAUGCUCCUGCAGAUUACGACACUAGUUCCCUUCUCCCCGUGGAUGAUGCUGCUAAGGAGAAAUUCGGUCCUUUUGUCGCCUCGAGCAUAAACGGACCUGCCUUGAAGCUCAACGAACUUCCUCCAUUCGAUGCCGUUCUUUUAAGCCAUGAAGACCAUGUGGACAACCUUGACGAUUCUGGUCGCCAGCUUUUGGACGGUCGUAAGGUAAUUACUACCAUGGAUGGCGCCAAAAACCUGCAGCCCAGACCCGGUGUCCAAGGCAUCCGACCCUGGGAACAGUUGUCGCUCAACAUUGGUGGCAAGUCGUUCACAGUAACCGGUACACCCUGCAAGCAUCUACCUGGCGGCGAAUGCACAGGUUUCAUCUUGGAGUCUUCCAACUUUGGCACUACCGAUGGCAAGCCGAACGUGAUAUACAUUUCUGGUGAUACCGUCUAUUUGGAUGAACUGGUUUCUAUUCGUGACAAGUACCAUGUAUCCGUCGCCAUCGUUCACCUUGGUUUAGCAACUAUGCCCGCCUUCCCUGGCGUCGAGGGACCUCUUGAAAUCACAAUGGGUGGAGAAGAUGCCGCCAAACUUGUACGCGAACUCGAUGCGGAUAUCAUGGUGCCGAUCCAUUUUGAAUCGUGGAAGCAUUUCACAGAACACAGCGGCGAGCUGCACAAGAUCUUUGAAAAAGAAGGCAUAAUGGACAAGGUCUGCUGGCUCACUCCCGGUCAGCCAAAGCGGGUUAUUUAA